AUGGCGGAGGUCGGCGGUCAGAAGCUGGAUAUCGUUAUUGUGGGUGCAGGCCUUGCAGGAUUAGCAGCCGCUAUCUCGUGCGCACUUGGAAAUCACAAUGUUUGUGUUCUCGAAGCUGCAAAAGAGCUGGCGGAAAUCGGGGCUGGACUACAAAUCACGCCCAAUGCUUCGAGACUGUUCCGAGACUGGGGGCUGGGCAACGAGAUUGAGACGAUCGCCGCAGAACCCACGCUCCUUGCCGUGCACAGGUACAGCGAUGGCAAAAUAUUGGCUGAGGAGAAGGAGUUCAACGAAAAGAUGCGACGGAAGUACGGAUCUCCAUUCAUCGACGUGCACCGUGUCGACUUGCAGAGGAUUAUGUACAACAAGGCCAAAACGCUGGGCGUCACGGUGGAGCUGAACUGCCGGGUUUCUUCGAUCGGUAGGAGUCCGACGGGACCGGAAGUCACCCUCGAGUCUGGUCGAAAACUACACGGAGACCUGGUGGUCGGGGCGGACGGGCUUUGGUCCAAGUGCAGGGAAUGUCUGCUGGACAGGGCCGACAAGCCUCUACCGACGGGUGACCUGGCCUAUCGCAUUGUCCUGGAGCUGGACAAGAUCACCGACCCGGAGUUGAGGCGAUGGGUUGCCAACCCGCAGGUCCAUUUCUGGAUAGGCCCGCACGCACAUGCGGUGGCAUACUCGCUCCGGGCGGGGACCAUGUGCAACAUUGUCCUGCUCUGUCCCGACGACCUACCAAGUGGGCUGUCCAAGACGAAGGGAUCGGUCAGCGAGAUGAAACGCCUCUUCUCCGGUUGGGACCCCAUCCUGACCCGCUUCCUGGACCAGGUCGACGAGGUCGACAAGUGGAAACUCAUGCACCGUGAAGAGCUCGAGUCAUGGACCAACCCGCGUAAGGAUCUCCUCCUGAUCGGGGACUCGUGCCACCCUAUGCUUCCUUAUCUCGCACAAGGCGCCAACUCAUCGGUCGAGGACGGUGGAGUGCUCGGCAGAUUGCUCUCGUACGUGAAGUCCAAGGACCAGAUUCCCUGGGCGAUCCGUCUGUAUGAGGACUUGCGUAAAUCCCGCAGCGAGAUAAUUGCCCGCGAGACGUUUCGCCAGCGAGACGCUUUCCAUAUGCCUGAUGGCGAGGCUCAGCGAGUCAGGGAUAGCCUCUUCGCUUCGCAGUUGGGCAAAGAGAUCUCUGUCAAAUUCCCCAGUCGUUGGACUUGCCCGGAAUUCCAGCCAUGGCUGUAUGGGUACGAUGCUUACCAUGAAGCCGAUGAAGCGGUCAAAUCGCAACCUUUCCAAGCAGAAGCAGAAGUGUGUCGAAGAAGUUGA